CCGGGCGGGGGCAGAGCGGAGCCCGGAGCCGCCCCGCCCCGCAGCGCCGCACACACUCGGCCCCGGAGCAGGGGCCGCCGCGCUGCAUGGGGCGCCGCGGGCCGGGGUGAGGCGAGGCGAGGCGGGGCGGGGACCCCGGAGCCCGCGACGCGCCCAUGGGAGCGGGACCCGACGGGCGCCGAGACCGCCCCUCCGCGGGGCCCGGCCUGCCCUGAGCCCGCUCGGAGCGGUCUCCGGUCCCCGGUCCCGGCCGAGCCCCCUCGAUGGCGGCCAAGUGGUUCAAGGAGUUCCCGUCCAACCUGAAGACGGUGUCGGAGCGGGCGCGGCCGGGCGGCGCCAGCCUGGGCAAGCUGUGCAGCGCCUCCCGCAAAGCCGCGGGCCCCGCUGACCCCCGCAAGAACUCGGCGGCCGAGCUGGGCGCCUGCCGGGCGGCGCCGGGGCCCGGUAAGGACGGCGGCAGCCGCCUGUCCCGGGACAACCUCCAGGGGCUGCUGCAGGCGGCCGCGGGCCGGAUGCGCAAGAACUCGCGGGCCGAGGGCAGCACCCCCGACGGGGCCAAGGGCGCGGGCUGCAGCACCUACAUCAACCGUCUCAUCAAGGUGGAGGCUCCCGAGAAGAACGGGAAGGGCUACCCGGCGCCCCCGGCCGCCCCGGACCCCGCGCCGGAGCCGGACAAGGGCAAAGGGGUCAAGCCGGAGACGCUCAUCAUCCUGGAGGACUACGCCGACCCCUACGACGCCAAGCGGACCAAAGGGCAGCGCGACGCGGAGCGGCUGGGGGAGAACGACGGCUACAUGGAGCCCUACGACGCGCAGCAGAUGAUCACGGAGAUCCGCCGCAGGGGCUCCAAGGAUCCGCUGGUCAAGGCCAUCCUGCUGCUGGAUGAGCCGAGCGAGAGUGGGGCCAAGCCGGAGAGUGGGGCCAAGCGUCCCGGGGUCAAGGAGCCUCCAGGGAAGGGCCCACAGCUGUACGACACACCCUACGAGCCUGGUGAGGGAACGCCAUGGCCUGAAGCCCCCACUCCUGACAGGAAGGCAUGGGGGGCAGCUGAGAGCCGGCUGCCGGAGAAUGACGAGCGCCCAGCGGGCGAGUAUGAGCAGCCCUGGGAGUGGAAGAAGGAGCAGAUCGUCAAAGCCCUGUCGGUCCAGUUUGAGGGCCCCAAGGACGAGGCGCUCCGGCAGCACCAUCGCCAGAAGAGCUGGGCCCCCAAGAUGCUGAAGCCAGUGACCCCAGAGCACAGCGAAGGCGAACGCGUGGACCCUGCGCUAGCACUGGAGAAGCAGCCCUGGUACCAUGGAGCCAUCACACGGGCCGAGGCUGAGAGCCGGUUGCAGGCCUGCAGGGAGGCCGGCUACCUGGUGCGGACCAGCGAGACAGGCAGCGGCAAGUACUCCAUCGCCCUCAAGACCAGUCAGGGCUGCGUCCACAUCAUUGUGGCCCAGACCAAGGACAACAAAUAUACGCUGAACCAGGCCAGUGGCGUCUUCGGCAGUGUCCCUGAGGUUGUGCACCACUACUCCACUGAGAAGCUGCCAUUCAAGGGGGCUGAGCACAUGGCGCUGCUCUACCCCGUGCACAGCAAGCUGCACUAGUGGCUGGGCCUGAGGCCCCCCCCACCCGUACGGGGCUUAGACAGACAUGGAGCUUGGAGAUGGGCUGCCCCCUGCCCUGGCACCGUUGGUCUCCCUGCAACCAGGUCCCAGCUGCCCACAUGGAGGGGGCAUAGACCUGACCCCAGGAGGCCCUGACAGAAAGCAGGAGCUGCUCAUCCUGACUGGGAACAGCUUAGGCCAGAGGGUGGCUACCUGGCACCAGAGCUGCGCGUGUCAGCACAGCCCCUAGCGCUGAGCCCCAGGGUUUUUUCCCAGCCUCCAGCACACAAAGGAAGGAUGGAUUUAACUCCUGGACACAAGGCGACAGGGCCAGACACUGCCCCUGCACCUCCAGCUCCACCCUGGGUGCCCCAGGCAGUGGGCCUGGCCCCCUGCAGUGCAUGAGCCAAUGCUGCCACCUCGUGGCUCCAACCCUGUCCAGGGCCAGGCCCAGUCCCAUCUCCAUCUGCAUCACUGCAGCACUGCGCUGUGCCUAGGCAGAAGAGGCAGCGAUCGCUGGAGGGGGCAGGGUCCAGGGUUGCUCCAGCCUCAGCAGGGGCUGAGCUGCUUCUCUCCUGUCCCCACAUGCGUGCACCUGCAGUAGCACCAGCGGCCCACUGUAUUCAUGGCUUCGGCUGUGAGACUCAUGUGGCCACAUAUCUGGGCCUGCCCCAGGGAUGAGACCUGGACCACUGCCCUGCUCUGCUCGCCUGCCCUGGACGUGGGGAGCAGGGAGCUCACCCAGGGCCUGUGGGAUCUUGCCCCCCCUACCCAGCCCAUGGGCACAUUGCCUGCAGCCUAGCCACAGGUGCUACGGGCUUGCUCGGGGCCUGCAGUCUAGUUGCCAGGAAGCUGAAGGAUGGACAGGGCAGCAGCCUGGAGCAAAAUAAAUGUCACUGUGGACAAUG